GCUUGCAGGCUGGGUCUGAGUCUAUAUUAGUCUUUGUGGUUAGGCCCUCGCUGUUGUGAGAGUGUGCUUGCAGGCUGGGUCUGAGUCAAACUGAAACUAGAUAAAGAGAAGUAACCACUGUCUGGUUUUGACAUGUUGAUAUUGUGUGACAGUGGUCAAUGCUAAUGAAUUCAGAGAAGCUACUGUACCAGGUUACUUUAUAAGGUAACCUCAGCUUAUUGAUACACACAUACAUUGACGUAGGUGAUCAUACCACCAGGUAGUGACCACAUGUAUAUAAUCAGCUGUGAACUUGUGAUGUUAUAGGACAACUAUGUGUAACUUUGCUGCUCUGCCAGCAGUUUCCUGUGGAGUUUUUCUAAUGUCAGUGUUUCCUGUAUGUUGGUGGGUUUAACUGAUCUUAUCUGCUUAAAGGUUUGUCACGUCAUAGAAGUAAGGAAGUAAUGAGAUAGAAGUCAUAUAGCCUAGCAGUAUUUCUCACUCUUCAGUCCUCUCUUCAUGACAGUAGACUUGUUUCGUCAGUGGAGCCCCAGUUAGAGACAGAUAUGAUACCUGCAGUGGUACUGAUGACCCUGUUGUGGAGCAGAGAUCUCCAGGCUCAAAGUGUCAGUCCACCAGCUGAAUACUCAGUCAGACUGGUGAAUGGGACCACUUCCUGUUCUGGGACAGUGGAAGUCUUCUACAGAGGAGAGUGGUCAGGUGUAUGUACUGGUGGGUGGAGCAUGAGAGAGACUAAGGUUGUGUGUAGAGACCUGGACUGUGGGAAUCCUGUAGCUGAAUCUAGAGGACCUCUGAUUGAAUAUGGAAGAAGAGGAGUCAGAAUUUGGAUUUGCAGUGAACAUGAGUCUUCUAUUAGACAGUGUGUCAACUUAGAAGGAUCUGGUGCCUGUGAUGGUAGAUAUUAUCAUCAUGUGAUCUGUUCAGAGUCUGUGCGGCUUGUGGGUGGAGCUGGUCUCUGCUCUGGGAGAGUGGAGGUGAAGUCCAAUCAGUCCUGGGCCUCAGUGUGUGAAGCUGACUUUGACCGGCAGGAUGCAGAGGUAGUCUGUAGGGAUGUUGGCUGUGGGGCUCCUGCAGCUCUACAGGGGGGGCUCUAUGGAGAAGGUGAGGGUCAGACCUGGGAUAAAGAGUUCCAGUGUAAAGGCAAAGAGUCCCUUCUCCUGGACUGUGACACCUCAGACAGAAAACACAACACCUGCCUACCUGGUAAUGCUGUUGGACUCACCUGCUCAGAGCCUGAUGAUGUGAGGCUGGUGGGAGGAGGCAGUCGCUGUGCUGGUGGAGUGGAGCGGUACGACCAGGGAGAGUGGAGGACUGUGGGAUCUGUAGACAAGAAACAUGAGAAUGUAGCUGCAGUAGUGUGUAGACAGCUGGGAUGUGGAUCCACUGUUUCAGUACUUCCUGGAGACACCACUAGAGGGUUUGGAGUUUCCUGUUCUGGAUCUGAGUCUUCACUGAGGGAGUGUUUGACAAGUUAUGAUCUCCUUCCUGGACUCACAGUGAUCUGCUCAGAUCUCCUGGUCCAGCCUGAUAUCUUCCUGACUAACCCAAUGGGAGGGGUCUCCAGGGGCCACCAGGGGCCUGAGAUGUUCAGGGGCUACAACUUCACCAUCACCUGCUCCACUCAGCCACAGUACCCAGGAGGCUCCUUCCUCCUCACGUUCACCGGCUCCAACAGAACCCAGAUCCAGCCAGCUGUCAAUCACUCUGCUGCCUUCCUCUUCCCUGCUGCAGAUGACUCCCACCAAGGGAACUACAGCUGUGUUUAUGACAAUUAUGUUUUCUCUCAUAACUUCUCCUCUGAGAGUGAGCUCCUCCCCCUCGCCAUCACAGCCUCUCCUCUGCCAGCCUUCAUCAUCAGACACGUUGUAGUGCUGCUGAUCCUACUGACAGCCAUCACCACCUCCUACCUGUACUACAAGCCCACCAGGAGGCAGAAGAGAGUGAACAGGGUGAGCAGCAUGGAUCUUGAUGUCAAUGCCAUGGAGAUGGUCUCUCUGAGCUCCAGAGCUGAAGCUGGACCGGGAGAGGAGAGAGCAGCCCAGGGGACGGAGUAGGAGUAGAAUGAAGCUGACCCUACAUGCUGAUCUUAGGUCAGUUUUGUGUUUUAAGUCGAUGGUCAGCUGUGUACUGGUGUUUAAAAUGUGGUGAUAAACCUGAAGUGGUUCUAAUUUUAAUAACAAGUUCAGAAUUAGUUUAUCUUUCUAGAACCUUGGAAGAAAUCUAAAAGGAGUGACUGCAACCACCAUUAUUCAUUUAGUUUGGUUUUUACCACCAGAGAAACAUGGGGUUCUGGGUAACAUGGGGUUUUGGUAACAUGGGGUUUUGGGGUAACAUGGGGUUUUGGGUAACAUGGGGUUUUGGUAACAUGGGGUUUUGGGGUAACAUGGGGUUUUGGGUAACAUGGGGUUUUGGGUAACAUGGGGUUUUGGGUAACAUGGGGUUUGGGGUAACAUGGGGUUUUGGGUAACAUGGGGUUUUGGUAACAUGGGGUUUUGGGUAACAUGUGGUUUUGGUAACAUGGGGUUUGGGUAACAUGGGGUUGGGUAACAUGGGGUU